AAGUUCUGAAAUGAAUCAAAGAGAAAAGUCUCUCAAAAUCUCAGAUUCAAUAACCUCCCCCCGUUAAGGUUACAAGCCUUUUAAAUAGAGAAAAGAAAUCCUAAUCAAAAUAGGAAACUAACACCCUAAGUCUUAAACCUAAUAACCACGAAAUGGGCUUCAAAUAAGCGAAUGUUCAGCCCAAAAAUAAUAUAAAAAACGUAAAAAUCAUUAAAAAUAACCUAAAAUAACACGAAAUAUUAGUUUGCUAUAAAUUGCGGCAGAAUUGUGCGAUUUUGACGCAAACUGUGUAAACCGUGCAAAUGACCUCAACUAAGCUUUUCUUGAACCUAAAUGAUGUUUACCAUGCCUUGAUAAUCAUCCAAACUUCGAUUUGCUUGUUGUAUGUUGUUUUCAAUCCAAAUCUGCUCAAUAAGGCCAUUUAAAGCUUCAUGCAUCUUCUUAGCUCUAGCUCGCGUGACUGGUCCUCCUUGGGUGUGUAAUGGAUCACAUGACAUAGUAGAUAUGCUGUCGUCUUGAUUCCCAUCAGCCUGAAACACAAAUGGCUAGCCCUCUAGCUCGUCACUCCCCUCAGUUUUCCCACGUCUUUGGUUUUACUACCUGAAAUGGUGGACGAGGAAAAACUCUGUGAGAUAACUCAAUAAGUAAAAAUAUGGAUA